GGCAGUUGUAUCAUUCAUUGACAGGCCGAUCGAUUGUCGAUGGCAGCAGUGAUGCAGGCGUCUUCCACCUCCAGCAGCGAUAGGCACCGUUCGUCAUCCGUGGACAGAAUGGUGCGGAUGCCACCAGAGCUGCUGCUUCGACCACGUGCACAUUCGCUGUCUCGAGCGUUCCGUUCCAAAGCAGCCCCGCCGCCGCCGCUGCCUGCUACGUUCCCGUCGAACCAAUCCGAACGCAGCCCAUCCAACGUAGAGGCAACGCCACAGCACAAUCAUGUACAUUGGAAGCACGUGUCCUCCAUUGUCGGUCACCAACCUUCCACAUACACGGACGUGGAAUCGUUCGACGACCUCGUUUACAAUGUCGGCGGCCUCCAGCCAGACCCGACUCGAUCGGUCAUCCUCCACAUUAACGACUUUCUCUCACGCGCAGCCACCCAUGUUGGCUACGCCUACGAGGUCAUGCCCACGACUACCUUGGAUCAGUCACCGCUCACAGAGGACGACGUGGCAUGCUGGCAGCGCCUUCUUGCCCAUCCGUGGGAAGUCGACCAUGAAUUCGACGGUUGCACUAACGUUGAUGCAGACACUGCUGAGGUCCUGAUGGACUUCGCAGUGGUGCCUCCAGCCUUGCCGCCUCCAAAGUCGCUGUGGAAGCGAUGGCUGGCCCCCCCAAAGUCCACGCGCCUUGUCCACGUCACCAAGACCCAGAUGGCCCGCCUCCAGUGUCUGCAGUACAUCGUCAACUCGUGCCUGACGUUCGGUGGCUUUCAAUUCACCAUCCACGAUCUUGUGCGAGUGUGUUUUGCCGACGUGUGUUAAUUUAUUCAAGCUAAGUAAGUGUGGCCCCUUGUUCAACGUGAAUGCCUUGGUUGAGUGCGAGAUCAGACGUAAAGCAUACUCCAACACAUGACACA